ACCAACAUGCAUCUCUUUGUCCACACCCAGGAGCUACACACUCUCGAGGUGACUGACCAGGAGACUGUCACCCAGAUCAAAGCUCAUGUAGUCUCAUUGGAGGGCAUCACUACAGAAGAUCAAGUCCUGCUCCUGGAAUGCGCACCCCUAGAGGAUGAGGCUACCCUGGGCCAGUGUUGGGUGGAGGCUCUGAGCACUCUGGAAGUAGCCAGCCACAUGAUUGGAGGUAAAGUCCAUGGUUCCAUGGCCGGUGCCAGGAAAAUAAGAGGUCAGACUUCCAAGGUGGCCAAACAAGAGAAGAAGAAGAUGGGCUGGGCCAAGAGACAUAUACAGUACAACUGGUGCUUUGUGAAUAUUGUGCCUACCUUUGGCAAGAAGAAGGGCCAUAAUGCCAACUCUUAAGUCCUUUGUAAUUUUGGCUGUCUUUAAUAAAGCCACUUAGUCCAGUCAUUAAAAAAAAAAGAAAAGAA